AUGCACAACGAGCCAAGCGAUAACGCCAAGCUCAGGCAGCUGGCCAGCGUCUUGGCGAAUAAGUCGAUCUACGCAGACUUCAAAUGUGCUGGUCUGGGCGCCGUCAUUGAAGGCGGAUGGCCUAUGCCGGUGAUCAGAAGAGUCUUCGCUGACAACCCAUGCGGAGAUCACAUCGUUGACCAGAUCGUGUCGACCUGGCCCAUCUUGCAUAAGCCGGAGGAUGCGGAACCAUUUGUGAAGCAGCAAGUCGAAGAAAACGGAGCAUCUUACAUCAAAAUGUUCCACGAGAUUGGCGACACUCUCGGCAUGGAACUUCCGCGCCCUCCUAUGGAUAUCCAGCAAGCCGUCGUUGCCGCCGCGCACAAGUAUGGUGUGACCACCACAGGCCACGCCUUUAGCUAUGCUGGUGCCAUGGACCUUCUCCACGCCGGAGCCGACGGGUUGAGCCACAUGUUCCUUGACAGGCCACCUCGCGAUGACUACGUUCAGAUCAUGUUAAACAACAAAGCGCACUGCAAUCCAACUCUUGGGCAGUGUGCUUCACAAACAGCAGAGGGCCAAGACUUCCAGAAAUCAUUCUUCGAGGACCCGUUCGCUCAAAACAUGCUCAUCCACAAGACAGCCGGAGAGCCAAUGGGGAUGGCCGCGAAGCAGAAGCCCACGUCCUCUGUGCUGAAUGCAUAUUCAAACACCAAGGCUUUAUACGAAGCAGGCGUCCCUCUCAUUCUAGGAACUGAUGCCGCCGGUGGAGGUGUUGGUCUACCUUACGGUCUUGGGAUGCACAUGGAGAUGCGUGUACUCAUCAAAGAGGUUGGCAUGUCCCCCUUGGAUGUGCUCAAGUCCGCUACAUCGAUUACUGCAGAACGGUUGAAAUUUCGUGAUCGUGGGAGGAUCGAGAGCGGUAGAAAGGCAGAUUUGGUAUUGGUUGAGGGCGAUGUCCUCAGUGCGUUGUCUCUGAGCAACGGGAGGUGCCUUCCCAUAAAGGCAGUGUGGAGAGACGGCGUGCUCGCAUCCAGCUUCGCCGUAUGA